GUUGGGGGGGCCAAGUGCACCAGGCCCGCUGCGCACCCAGCUCUGCUCCCCGCCGAGCUGGCCGCCCGCCCCGGCCUCCGCCUGGGGAUGAAGUGGGAGGCGCUAGAAGCCACUUAGCUCCAGCCUGGCGCCCGCCCGAUGCGGCGCUCGCUCGCUGCCCCCGCCACCCAAGCGCCCGCGAGGCACAAUGCAGCACUGAGGCAGCGGCGGCUGCGGCAGCGGCGCGGGCCGGGAAGGGGCGGCGGGGAACCGGAGCCCGCGGCCGGGGCACGAGCAGCUGAGCGCCGCCACCAUGCAGGCAGCGGCGGCGGCCGCGUCCUUCUGGCUGCUCUGCGCCUUGGGGACCUGCCCCCUGGCAAGCUGCGGUCCGGCAGGAGACGCCUCACUGAGGGAGCUGGAGAGGGCGGACGCAAACCGCUUCCUGGAGCGCCAGAGCACCGUGCCACUGCGCCUCAUCUACCGCUUGGGCGGCGAGGACGAAACUUGGCACGACCGGCUCAACACACGGGUGCGGGGCCACCCUGGCGGCCAGCAGCUGACUCAUGUGGACAAGGCAAGCUUCCAGGUGGAUGCCUUUGGAACUUCGUUCAUUCUUGAUGUCCGGCUAAACCAUGAGCUGCUGUCCUCUGGCUAUGUAGAGAGACACAUUGAACGUGGAGGCAAGGCCGUGGAAAGCAAAGGAGGAGAACACUGUUACUACCAGGGCCAGAUCCGAGGAAACCCUGGCUCAUUUGUUGCCCUGUCCACAUGCCAUGGACUCCAUGGGAUGUUCUAUGAUGGGAACCACACAUAUCUCAUUGAGCCAGAAGACAAUGAGACCUCCCAAGAGGAGUCUCAUUUUCACUCGGUUUACAAGUCCAGACUGUUUGAAUUCCCCUUGGAUGACCUUCCAACUGAAUUUCAACGAGUAAAUAUUACUCCGCCAAAAGUUGUUUUGAAGCCAAGACUAAAGCGGAGUAAACGACAGCUUCUUCGAUUUCCCCGCAAUGUAGAGGAGGAAACCAAAUACAUCGAAUUGAUGAUUGUGAAUGAUCAUAUCAUGUUUAAAAAGCAUCGGCUCUCCGUUGUACAUACAAAUACCUAUGCGAAGUCUGUGGUGAACAUGGCGGAUAUGAUCUAUAAAGGCCAACUUAAGACUAGGAUAGUACUGGUUGCCAUGGAAACCUGGGCUGCUGACAACAAGUUUGCCAUAUCUGAGAACCCACUGAUCACCCUGCGUGAGUUUAUGAAAUACAGGAGGGAUUUUAUCAAAGAGAAGAGUGACGCAGUUCAUCUUUUCUCGGGAAGUCAAUUUGAGAGUAGCCGGAGCGGCGCAGCUUAUAUUGGUGGGAUUUGCUCGCUGCUGAGAGGAGGAGGCGUGAAUGAAUUUGGAAAAACCGAUUUGAUGGCAGUUACCCUUGCUCAGUCGUUAGCCCACAAUAUUGGUAUAAUCUCAGACAAGAGAAAAUUAGCAAGUGGAGAGUGUAAAUGUGAGGACACGUGGUCUGGCUGUGUCAUGGGAGACACCGGCUAUUAUCUCCCUAAAAAGUUCACUCAAUGCAAUAUUGAGGAGUAUCAUGACUUCUUGAAUAGUGGCGGUGGUGCCUGCCUGUUCAACAAACCUUCUAAGCUUCUCGAUCCUCCUGAGUGUGGAAAUGGCUUCAUUGAAACUGGAGAGGAGUGUGAUUGUGGCACCACUGCGGAAUGUGCCCUUGAAGGAGCAGAGUGUUGUAAGAAAUGCACCUUGACUCAGGACUCUCAAUGCAGUGAUGGCCUUUGUUGCAAAAAGUGCAAGUUUCAGCCUCUGGGGACUGUGUGCCGAGAAGCAGUCAAUGAUUGUGAUAUCCGUGAAAUAUGUUCAGGAAAUUCAAGCCAGUGUGCCCCCAAUGUACAUAAAAUGGACGGAUAUCCCUGUGAUGGUACUCAGGGAAUUUGCUUUGGAGGAAGGUGUAAAACCAGAGAUAGACAAUGCAAAUACAUCUGGGGGCAAAAGGUCACAGCAUCUGACAAGUACUGCUAUGAGAAGCUGAACAUCGAGGGGACCGAGAAGGGUAACUGUGGAAAAGACAAAGACACCUGGAUACAGUGCAACAAACGGGAUGUGCUUUGUGGUUACCUUUUAUGCACCAAUAUUGGCAAUAUCCCAAGGCUUGGAGAACUCGAUGGUGAAAUCACAUCUACAUUAGUUGUGCAGCAAGGAAGAACAUUAAACUGCAGCGGUGGGCAUGUUAAGCUUGAAGAAGACGUUGAUCUUGGCUAUGUGGAAGAUGGGACGCCCUGUGGUCCUCAGAUGAUGUGUUUGGAACAUAGGUGUCUUUCUGUGGCUUCCUUCAACUUCAGCACUUGCGUGAGCAGUAAAGCAGGCACUGUUUGUUCAGGAAAUGGAGUUUGCAGUAAUGAGCUCAAAUGCGUGUGCAACAGGCACUGGACGGGUGCCGACUGCAGCACCCAUUUCCCUCACAAUGAUGAUGCAAAGACUGGCAUCACCCUGUCUGGCAAUGGUGUUGCUGGCACCAACAUCAUAAUAGGAAUAAUUGCUGGCACCAUUUUAGUGCUGGCCCUCAUAAUAGGAAUAACUGCCUGGGGUUAUAAAAAUUAUCGUGAACAGAGACAGUUACCGCAGGGAGAUUAUGUAAAAAAGCCUGGAGAUGGCGACUCUUUUUAUAGCGACAUUCCUCCUGGAGUCAGCACAAACUCAGCAUCUAGUUCUAAGAAGAGGUCUGCUUUUCUGUCGCAUUUUCAGAUUUCCACCUGUUCCAUCACACAUUAUUCCAUUAGUCAGAACAUUUCAUUAUUUUGCAGCAGGUCAAAUGGACUCUCUCAUUCCUGGAGUGAAAGGAUUCCAGACACAAAACAUAUUUCAGACAUCUGUGAAAAUGGGAGACCUCGAAGUAACUCCUGGCAAGGUAACCUGGGAGGCAACAAAAAGAAAAUCAGAGGCAAAAGAUUUAGACCUCGAUCUAAUUCAACUGAGAGGGAGCCCCAAGCUCCUGAGCCUGGGCACUCCCUCGCCCAGACAAUCCCAUCCCAAGCCAUAAGCCCAGGGGGCUCUGACAGCCCCCAGACAGGGAGUCUGGAUCACAGGUAUUUAAACCCAUGGUUCAAAAGAGCCUGUAAUGUAGCUAUGUGGGUAGAAGAUGUGAAUAGAAACACUGAAGGACCGUACUGUAGGACCCUGUCUCCUGCCAAGUCUCCUUCUUCAUCAACUGGGUCUAUUGCCUCCAGCAGAAAAUACCCAUAUCCGAUGCCUCCACUUCCUGAUGAGGAGAAGACAGUGAACCGGCAGAGUGCCAGGCUAUGGGAGACAUCCAUUUAAGAACAACUGUUUACAUGUGCCACAUCGAAACUGUUUACUUCAACUUUUAUAGAAACCCAGCCACCCAGAAUCACUGCAACUCUCUCUGCUCUUCAGACAAUUUGAAGGCCCUCUGAGACGCCAGAGGCAAGGAAGCCACGGGUCAUACCUGGAUGCUAUUUUCUUUUUGUCAUUGGCUUAAGGUUUAACCAAACGGUAAAAAGAGCUACUGGAAUGUUACACUACAACACGGAACCAUUUAUGGUCUGCUAUUGGUAUGUUCAUGGAUCAUCUGCAUGACAGAUAUAUGUAGAAUAUCAAUAAAAUUAACUCACAUGACCCAAAUGUAGCAGGUUUUCCUGAGGGACAGAAGUGGAUUCAGAACUGGGCAUUCUGAAACACAUCCUCAUUGCAAACAGUAAUGCCAUAUGCAUGAAGCUUCUGUUUAUUGUUUUCCAUAUACAAGGAAACAACAUCCCAUAAUAGAAACUAGCAUGCAGGGCUAAGGCAUAUAGAAUUUUUCUGCAGGUAGCAGGACUGUACAGCUUUGAGAGGCCAAUACCCAUAUGCUAACUUUAAACAUGUAUUUUUAUUUUUUUUUACUUUUCAUAUUUAUAUUAGCAUACAAGGACAACUGUACAUAUGUAAACAUUUUUAAAAUUUAAAAAGUAACUGUUACACAUAAGUGUAUUUUGCCAAAUGCCUAAAAACAGUCAGUCACAAUUCUAUCAUUGUCCUUCAUCCUGCGGUCUUCGGAGUGUAAAUGGAUGAUGUCGUAAAUAUAGUGGUCAAUGCUGUAAAAGUAUCUUUCUGUAACUGUGAUUCCCCUUUAAAGUGUAUACAAUCUGGAGGAGGUUUUAUUGAGUAAGAGAUCAAAAUGCUCAUACAAACGUCUGGCCUCUGCAUCUUGCUGAAGGUGGCAUCUAGAUGUAUGCUCAUCCUGCAGCCUCAGGACACACUGGAGCUGACAGGCUCUCUGGGAAUCUGCUAGCCUGUCUAUUCCACAUCUAGGACACAUGGUUCCUGUUACAGUAGCCACUCAGUACCAGGGCACAUCAGCUGACCUUACCUGGAGGCCGAGGAGUGCCCUCCCCUCCACAAAGUGUCUUGCUGAGAUUGGUCGGAUGCACCAAAGACACAGAUCACUGAGUGGGUAGCUUCACCUGGCCAAUACCUGAGCCCUUUCUGGCCUGAAAUUUGGGUUCCUUAACAGAAGCCUUUCAGCCAUUCUUAUCUGUGAAAGGAGUGACCUGUUUUCACAACUUUAAUGCAUUUAUCAUCAGUGGUCAUUCUGGCUGACUUUGAACAAGAUGGCGGAUAGAAGACUCAGCAGGGCGUAAAAGAUGAAGAGAAUCUAAGGCUACAUAGAGGCAGUGACCGCAGAGGGGACCAUUAACCUGCAGGGGAAGAAGCCAGGGGUUUUGAGCCCUAUACAUUUUGAUCUAUUAAAAAAUGAGUAUUCUCUGUGAAAUCUUGCCAUUUAAAAUGAAAAAGUUAAAAGCUGUUCUAAUGCAAUUUUAUCACUCAAAAACAAAGCCACUCUAGUGAGAUGUGAAAUUGAUAGGCUCAAUCAUAUGGUCUGCUGUGGAAUAUACUUCUCCCCCUGCUUCCCACUUUUCCUUGCUGUUUUAUGUGAGGAAUGGAAUCAUCAGACAAGACCUCAAAAAUGUACUCUGCAUUUGAUUUCUUCCACAAGUGUCCAGGGACACCAUUUGUUUCAUCUCUGUGUAGAAUUGUCUUAAGUGCCCAAACUGAAGGACCAGAUUAGAAGGCAGUGGCAAACUCAGUUUAUGUCUUUUGUAAUGGCCCACUCUGCUGAAACACUUUGAAGACGUUAGAAAACCAAUUUAAGAAGACAAAGUUAGCUGGGCGGUGGUGGCGCAUGCCUUUAAUCCCAGCACUUGGGAGGCAGAGGCAGGCGGAUCUCUGUGAGUUCGAGGCCAGCCUGGUCUCCAAAGCGAGUUCCAGGAAAGGCGCAAAGCUACACAGAGAAACCCUGUCUCGAAAAAACCAAAAAAAAAAAAAAAAAAGACAAAGUUAUACAGUGAAAACAGCGUUUAUCGUGACAGGAAAGGAUAGAGUUUGCUGAUGACUCCAUAAAACAGUCUCAGACAAGCAUGGAUGAGUUGAGCAAUGUCUCCACAUAGCUUAAGGUAAUGAUGGAAGGACAGACGGGCGACAGAUGGAAUGAAGUGACUUUUGAACAAGAUCACUUUAAAUGUGCACUGAAUGUUUUCUGGUAUUGAGUAUAUAAAAGGCUAAUGUAAUAUAAGGUUUAUUUUGACUACAAGAAGAGUUUAUAGCUUUGAAUGAAAGGUGCCUCAUGUAAAUAUGCUUUGUAGUUAUAGAUAGUUAUGUAAGCCCUGAAUUCACAAGUGGCUAGCUAGUGAACUGGUUAGCUGUUUCCUUGCCUGCCUUUCCUCAUCCAUUAUUUUUACCUGAAGUUACUGAAAAUUAAAAUCAUUAUCACGUGCCUUUUGAGAGAGAUGGUGGCUCUUGCUUAUAAUCAUCCACAUAUGAAACAGGAUGAAAAUGUGUUGCUUAACUUGCAGAGUGAUUUUAGAAAUACAAUAGCUGUAAUGUUCUAGUUUGAAUAUCUUAUCUCCCAUGUUUAAGCAUUCUUGGAAUUGUUUUUGGGAUUAACAGACUUUAGUGUUGUGGUUGGUUUCAAGACGUAUGUAUCAGCAGACUCACCAAUAUUGGCAUUAUGGAUCAUUCCAUCUAAGUUAGUGUGACUUCAUUCACUGAGGUAGACAGAACAGACUCAAGGGAUUGAUUAAAGCACAGUGAUUACUUCUUUUUUUAAAUGCCUAUUUUGAAGAGGAACUUUGAAGCUCCAUAGUGGUUUCAGCCAUGCAACUAAUAUUCAUACUUCCCAGUCUACUGUGGUAUCAUCACUAUGCAGAGAAGGGCAGUGAUGUGGUCACUGGAUGCCCUUUCUCUUUCUAAUACUCUUGGCAUCAGUAGGACUGCAGAUAGCCCAAAUGCCUGAGAUGUUCCAUUCAGCAGGUCAUUUCCAUCCCCAUGUAAAGGAGUGUUUAAGUCUCUCCCCUGUGUGACCAGGGGAGGCUGGCAGUAACAGAGAGUCCUUAAGGGACAGACCAGACUAACUCUUCCCAGCCACUUCUCUUAGAUGGGAAACCCUACUCCAGAGUCAGCAAGAUAGAGAAUGACCCCAGUCACGUGCAGUCUGCAGAAAGGAAGAGAUGGGAGCUGCUUAGAUGGUGUGGCAUGGCAAUUCUCCGUGGCUAAAUUUGAACAAAGCCACAUCCCCCAGCCCCUCACUUAGAUGCUAAAUUAGGAAUAACCCAUCUGUAGGUUUUUUAACAGAAACACGGCCUGGGUUUGAGAUGCCUUCGGAGCAGUGUGACCCGGGCGCUUUAUUUCAUUGUACAGUGUCUUUUCCUUGUUUUACAAGGCUUUUAAAAUAGUGUUUGCACAGAAGGUCAGUCCAGAAUAGAAUUUAGGUAUGAAAGAUUGAUGGUGUGUCUAAAAGAAGCCACAGAGAUGAUAAAAUUAAAUAGUCUCUGCCUUCCCGCAAUGUGGGUGGGCGGCUGCUGUGUGUUCUGGGACAGAUCCGCAUCCUCUGCUCAUCCACCUGCAUAGCUGCAUGACUUCGUCCUGUCAGUUGGCCUACCCUAUGCCUUCUGUAGCGACUUCACCUGUUGCCCUUUGCGAUUUUUUUUUAAUGGUUACCUUUGAGCCAGGGAAAGUGUGUUAUUUGCACUUUCUUCUUUCAGGAUUUCAGAGUUGUUUGUUCAUUUAUUCAUUUCACCCACUAUUGUCCUAUAGUUCUAUCUUAACCUUAAAUUGACACAGUACUUUAGAUAGGCCCUUGUUUUUCAAUAUAAUAAAUCCCUAUCUGAAGGUAAGAUUAUCUUUACCUUGCAUAAAUGUAAAGGGAAAGAAAGCUGUUUGGCAGUUUGUAGUCUACAGGAAGAGAUUUGACAAAGUUUGGAACUGAAGGGAAUAAGGAGAAGACAAGACCCCUGUCUGCAUAGCCAGACGGCACCACUGUCACCCAGCCCUCCUCCCCCAAAUGCAGUCAAGAUGAAUGUGUCAUUCUUACCCUACCAGCUUUUCAGCUGCCAUUUCUGUGGAAGAGGGCUUAAUUUGGGGCUUGAGUGCUUGCUUUCCUACUCUGAUUUCAGAUGCAGGGUGUCUUCUCUGGGUACCAGAGAACUAGGGACUGGGGUGAACAACUUCUCCUUUGUUGUGUUGUGAAGAAUUCAGUUGACAGUUGUGAGAAUUGGCCGAGGCAGCAGCCCAUCUGUCUGUGUGAGCAGCAUGCUGUUAAAAUGUCCCUGCUGGUCGCUGUUGGCACUUGCUGUCAGCAUAUGUUCUAUGGGGCAGGCACUUUCAGCUCUGAGAGUUUUCCUACCACCCCUGCAGGUGCAAAAUAAAAUUGCCCCCAGACUUGGAAAGCAGGAGGUAGUAUUUCCAUUCCCAUUUUGGUCAUGGUUUGGUCAGUCCUCAACAUGGAGCAGCUAAAGUCAGUAAGCAAAAAAUCAAAAGACCACUGUCCGUUGUAUUUGUGCCCUUCAUAUCCACGGCCUUAGAAACAGUGUCAUUACUAUGGGAUCUGAUGGCUGCUUUUAGAGCCUUCCUACUCCAAACUGGCACCCCAUUCAGUGUCUGCGCAGGACUUUUCCUCUUGAUUGGAAAUGUCCCCUAGCAUGCAGGCUAGUGCCUUCUUUGGCUAACAACAGAAAUUGGGAGAACCACAGGAAUACAGACUAGGGGAGGUUAUCUUUAGUUUCCUUUUCACAUGCUAGUUUGAUUAUGCACCCUAGAAAGUCACUAAGAAAUGGGUCUCAGGGUAUAAAUCUCAGGAAGGGAAUAAGCAACAGUUUUGAGAGCUCCUGGGUCAUUUAGUCCCAGCAUAGGACCACAGUGUACAUCCACGUGAAGCAUGCAGAACUCAAGAUGGCCACUGGCCAUGCUGGAGGGAAGUGCUGGGCGCCAACAGCAGACUGAGGUACUUUGCAGUUUCCUGGAAUAUUAGUUUUCUGUGUCUCUUACUGUCCAGUGCCGCGUCCCUGCUGCAUUGUUCACUGACCUGUAUCCUACUGGGAGGGGCUUUGGAAACGGUGGGAGUGUUGAUUUGCGGGCAGCCAUGGAGUCAAACCCAGGCAAAAUGUCUUUAUUCUGUUUCGUUUUACAAAAGGCAUACAGUGAGAUGAAGCAAUCUUAUGAAAUUCAUAUCCACAAGGCCAUCCGCUCUGUGUUUAUGAACAAAGGUUAGUCUCCCCUAAAUGUAUGAAGGCGCACGUAUGCAUAUUCUGCAUUCAACUUAGGACAUUUCAGGACAUGAUUUGUUCUGAUGGUUGAGUUUUUAAAUAAUACAAAUAGCCCAAAUCUUUAAAUAUAGUGGUGCUAAGUUUUAUCAGAUAACACAAUGCAGAAAGUGCAGAACUGAAUUCAGACGCUUAGGAGUAACACAAGGGUUCCUGUUAAAUUAUACACUUGUAUCACUGCCUGAUUUGAAACCCCACUUUUCCUUUCUAAUCCAGCACAAUUUCAAACUGUGGUUCUAUAGUUCUUCUUUUUAAUGAGUACAAAUAACUCAAUAUCUUUUUUUUUUUAAUGGAAACCUUUUUUUUUAAACACUAACAGCAAAGUGCUUAGGCAAAGGUUCCUUCAGGAUACAGAGCAUUUUUGUUUUAACUUGGAAGACUUGCCCCUCCAAACUAGCAUUUCCAAAUGACAAUUUCACACCUAACCAGAGCAGUUCAUGUUAGUGGCAUUAGGUCUCUGCCAGUGCUUCCCACAUUCAUAGCCUCUGAGGGUGACGCCCGUCUACAGGUAAUAGAGGCUACCCCUUGGGGACGUGUUAAUAGCCUCAGUGUGGUUCACUUGGAGUAACCAGGUACUCAUGUGUAUAUACUUAGAUUCACAGCAUUCAAACCUCCUCUCUGCCACUCCGCUCGCACUUCAGGUUCUUAUGCUAUUUUAAAACUCCUGGGUUUCGGCAAGCACCAACAGAAAUGUAAAUGGUGAUUGCCUUCCUGAGCAAGCGUGGUUUGUUUUAUGGCCGUUCAAGUUAUAAAGUUGUUCUCAUAUUGUAGGUAAACAAAAUCUUGCUGUUUUUAAAGGUCACUGUAACUUGAGGUUUAACUUUCUGGCACAAUUUUAUUAGUGUUCACUUCUGAAGCUAAUAAGAUAACAGAGUUUUCUAUGUUACUCUCAUUGUAACAUCAAUAAAGUGACUUUCAAUAAAAGAUUUAUGUUCUUUUGA